AUGACGACAACAUUGGAGAUUGAUAAACAGAACUCGUCAAGCAACAAAACUGAAAGAGGCAGAGGGGCUUUCCAGAAGUGCAGAUUUCGUUCCCCAAAAUCGCUUAAAGGGCUGCAAUUCUCUCCACUGAGCUUCCUAAAGUGCCUAGCCGAUAGAGUGGCCCGAGCUUUGCAUUUGAUGGCCAUGAAGAGAAGGCCCUGCCACAAACAACCCGCUCCAGCCGUGCCUGUCGUGAGUUCAAAGCCGAUCCAGGCAUCCGCCAUCGAUUCACAUAGAACAGAGGCUGUGGAGGACUGCAUCAAGUACAUCAACGCGUCCACUUGA